UAGAAGAUAUUGAUCGAGGCGGCUAAUGCUCCUGUCGCUGGUUGCCAACCACCAUUAAAUAACAAGAAGAAGAAAAUAUUGAUCUGCUUUUCUUAGCUUUGCACGUUUAAGACGCAAUUCAGACUCAAACAAAGCUGCAAAGGAGAACAACAUGACCAUCAACUAUUCUGUGCCACAUAUCCAGUUCGCUGCAGCACAGAGUGAUGAUGAGAUGGUGGAAGAACAACAGAGACAAUUUACGGACCGUUAACAUGCGCAACUUAGAAGUAGUCAGAGGUAACUGGAUGGAGUUCAGUCAGGUUAAAUGCACGGUUGAUUGGAUUAUAGCUGAAGAUCGUAUGCUAUUCGUGACAACUCUGCUAGACUCCAAAUUUCUCGUCCAUGCGGGAGUAUCUCAAAGUAAAUGAAACAACUAAACUUAACACUUUUCCCUAAAACGGACUGACAUGGGAAACAUUAAAGUUGGAUUGACACCAGCUAAUCAGUCUAAAGAUGGCAACAGACCAGAGAACCUGAAUGACACCAUUACUCUGGAGCUUUGCCCUGCUGCAUCAGCUGAAACAUCCACCACGUCCACCACUAUGUACAACCAUUACUCCAGCUCUUGGGUCUCACACUUACAGAUUCCUUGGGAAAGAUUUCCACUGCGACUGUCGCAUGCAAUCACAAGAGGAGACAGAGCUCAACCAGAGGACAGGCGAAGUAUGGUUAGAAUUGUUGUGGAGGCCAUGCAAGUUCACUGCAGGAACCCUAAACGUGCAUCUUGUGAAGAAGUUGCUAAAAUCAUUGUAAACAGAUACCCUCAAACAUUUGCAGAUUUCACUGAAAAGGGAGAAAGACUGGGUUGUGGACAUUAUUCACUACUGAGAAGCAUCAAAUCUAGAGUUGAAUAUGUUAUUCGAGAUAAUACAACACAUAGACUUCAUCAAACAAAGAGAACCAGGAAUGAGGAAGACUGCAGUCCCAACAGUAGUGCAACCCCACCUAAAAAAGUUAGAUGCCUUAUUGAUAGCUAUGGUUGUAUAAAUUGGCAACCAGUUGAACUUCCUGAGGGGGAAACGCCAGCUUCUUUAGAGGAAAAGAAGCACAUCUUGUUAACAAUUUUUAAUUCAGAAGGACCUGAGCCCUUAGGUCAGGCCCUCAUAACCAAAGGCAGAAGUAUUAUUAACUAUUUCUCCAGCCAGAAGCUCAAAUGGAACCUUGGUAUAAGGACACUCAUCCAGCAGAUAGAAAGUGAGGGAGUUUUGACCAACAACAAGGUUGGCACAGCAGCCAUAUUUCUCAUGAUGAAGUAUUACAAGGAAGAUGAAGACUCCCUCUUUGUCUUAGCAGAUCUAAGCUUUUUUCAUACAGCUCUAUGUUUAAUGCUGUUGCUUGCUGUCCUGUUUUUGUUUUGUUUUUUGUUACAUAAAAUGUCCUGGUCCUUUUUCUGGCAGGAAACAUCUACCAGGAUGUCCCUUGAAGCAGAGAGCAACCUGCCAAUUGCUCCAAGGCUGAUUAUGCUUGUUGACCAGGUGAAGUUUGGGCCUCCACUGAGGAAAGUGACAGAGCCUUAUCCUGACUUGGCCUGUUAUGAUGACUGGAGUCUGUCUGGAGAUGAAGGAACCUCACCGAGCCUGUUGGAAUGUGUGGAGCAAGCUCUCGAGCUGAGGAGUUUAACCAUCAAGAGAGUGCCAUGUGCUGAUGUGAGUGGAGGCAGAAAGAGCGGUGUGUUCAGUCCAUCUACGGCCUCACUGCCAGCCUUCAGCUCUUUGACUCCCAACACAGAGGACAAAGAUCUUACACCGAGACCGACCUGUACACUGGGCCCAGACAGCGCUGUCACAGCCGACUCCACCACAGCCUUGGCCAGGUGCUCGGCCACUCAGGACAUCACAAAGGGCUGCAGUGAAACGUGUCGGCCAGCGGAGGGCGCUGUGACAGCAGAGUUGGUUACUACUGCUUCCUCACCCAAACGAGAGACCCCACUAAAACCAGAAUGGAGCACACUGAGGAGGAAGACGAAGGAUGAUAGCGCUGAUUGUCAUGGCCUUCCUCCCACCCCUCAAGUCCAUAUGGGAGCCUGCUUCUCUAAAGUCUUCAAUGGCUGCCCACUAAAAAUCAACUGCGCCGUCACCUGGAUUUUUCCCAAAACAAGAGAUCAGCAUCUUAUUCUUGGGGCAGAAGAAGGCAUCUACACACUGAACCUUAAUGAACUUCAUGAAGAUACAUUAAAGAAGCUCCUCCCCCAGCGAUGUAUAUGGCUAUAUGUUAUGAACAAUGUGCUGAUGUCCGUAUCAGGGAAGUCGUCCCAGCUUUACUCGCACAGCCUGCCAGCUCUGUUUGAACAGAAAGGACAUCUGCACAAGAAACACAGCAGCCUGUCGCUCAGCACCAACCGCCUCACGGAGCGGAUGAGUCUCAGAAAGUUUGCCAUAUCUGUAAAGAUUCCUGACACUAAAGGUUGUAGGAGGUGCAGUGUAGCGAGAAACCCAUACACAGAUAGCACAUUUCUGUGCGGGGCUGUCCCAUCUGGCCUGGUUUUACUCUUGUGGUACGAGCCUCUUCAGAAGUUCAUGCAUCUAAAGCAACUCGCCAUCAGGCUCCCAGAUUCUCUUCCGAUAUUUGAACUGCUGGUGUUGGCAACAGAUGAGUUUCCUCAGCUGUGUGUUGGAGUUAGAGACUGUAGUAAUGAUAAACCACCAACCGGCCAACAGCUCAGGUUUGAUAUUAUAGAGCUGAACGGUGCUCCUGUUCCAGUGCCAGGAGAUAGUGGAGCACUCAGAGCUGUGCAGGUAACCCAGCUGGACCGAGACACUGUUCUCAUCACCUUGGAAAGAACUGUAAAGAUCGUGAACCUGCAAGGCCUUCCAUCCAGACAGCUGGCUGCAGAAAUAGUCUUUGACUUCCCCAUUGAAACACUAGUCUGCUUGCAGGACAGUGUGCUGGCGUUCUGGAAGCAUGGCCUCAAAGGGAGGAGUUUCCAUUCAGAUGAGGUAACACAAGAAAUUACAGAUGAGAGUCGUGUGUUCAGAGUUCUGGGAACAAACAGAGACAUCAUCCUUCAGAGCACACCGACUGAUGACCCGUCAGCACUGAGCAGCCUGUACAUCCUGACAGGACACGAAAGCAGCUACUGAGAGAGGACGCGGGGCUUCUCCUUGGACGGUGUUACCAAAGAAAAGCACAGCCUGUCUGUAACUGCGGGGUAGAAACGAUGCUCUGUUUCACCGAGGCUGUGCCAGAAAACGGUUCAAUGCUGGGAAUGACAAAUGUUAGGAAGGGAUCCUGCUGACUGUCCAGCCUUCACCUGUACACAAGACACCUGUCAAGGUCCUCGUUGGGGUUAUAGUUGAUAAAGUUUUCUAGCUUUUCUUGUCUAUUCAUCUUACCUGCGUAAAUCAGACCUUUCUGUUAAAGCUAAUGCAGACUCCACUGAUCUGCCCGCUCAGUUUGGACAGGAGAAUAACCUGAACAUGGCCUCGGGACAUCGUCGUACUGAGUCAGGUUUUCUUCUUGAUCAGACUGAGUGGGGCAGACUGACACUGCACAGAAAUGACUGAGUGUGUUUUGGUGCCUCAACAUUCAGUCAUAUUCUGUAAAGCCAUUUUCUGUCUGCAUGCUGCACAUAAACUAUUUGGACCGGAGUGCUGUGACACCUACACCUUACACCUGCAGGAGCUGCUCAGCCAUAGAAAGCUGUUCUGUGAAGUGCACGGCUUUUUUGCCAGUGUUGAUUUUAUGGGUUUAAUGUAAUAACUAAUUUUUCACAUCAUCGUCUGAGUCGUAAUCCCAACGAGGAAACCUGGAAUGUAAAACUCGAUGGACGCUCCAGCUGAAGAGUGAAGUGUCAGACUUUUAAUGUGUCUUUCGAGCUUUAGCAUACUUACAACGGCAGAAACAGUGCCACGUCUAAAACAUAGGAGCCAUCUUCAUCUCAUUCUUCACAUUUCAUGCAAGUUUUUUCUCAUCCUCAGAUGACCAGAAUUUGGUUUGCUGACUUCAUUCAGUCACACCAUACUAGAGCAUAAAAAGUGGAAAUAAACUGGUCAGUAAGAAAGUGUGAUGCUUGAAAGUAUAGCGUAAGGACAGCAGCUGUGUUCCAUGUGCUGUGUAACGCUGCAUUAACAGCUGAUAUGAUGACAUCUUUAAAGAGCUGUGAAGGAAUUAUCAGUGCUAACACAACCUUAAGCACGUGAUGUGACCGUAUUCCACUCCUUACACUUUCCUUACUUAAAGACAAAAAAGUACAGUUAGCAAGAAGCUUUGAGAUCAAGGCAGUGUUAUUGUAUGCUAACCACCUGGGUGGUGCAGCCUGUCCUGAUAAAAAGUGAAUGUGGUCACAUUAUACUUGUGCUCGUUUAACUAAAAUGAAAAAAUAAAAUAAACAUUCCACUACAUGGGUAAAGAUAUUUAUAUUUAUGGAAAGGAUACUAUAAAAGUAACACUGGCCUUUCCAUGAGAGAAACUUGAAGUACAGUAUGCAUAUUGAGAUUAAUGUUUUUUUAAUAUGUUUUUGCUACUAUGUGAAGAUGUGAUGUUAUUAACAACACAGAAUAGACAGAAAUAAAGAUUUUCAUAUCUCUUGGAGUUUUAUGAA